AUGUUAGCCGAUGGUGCAGCAGCCGUCCCCGACCAGUCCGAGGACAUGCCCCGGACAUCCGCACCAGAGAGGACAUCUGAGAAACAACAAAGCCAAGAUGAAGACCCUGCGCCUGAUGCUCAUGCUCAUGCUCAUGCUUGUCCUGCAACUGCCUCUCCCCCUGAUACCUCGGCGCCGCCCAAUGGCGGCUGUUGGGCGUGGAUACAAGUCGCUGCGGCGUUCAGCAUCUUCUUCAACACCUGGGGCGUCCUCAACACGUUUGGCAUCUUCCAGACAUACUACGAGGGAGGCGCCCUGUUCCGCGAGUCGUCGUCCAACAUUUCGUGGAUCGGCUCGAUCCAAGCGUACUGCGUCCUGGUCGUGGGUCUCGUCUCGGGUCCAAUCUACGACAGGGGCCACCUUCGCCUGCUGGUGCUCACGGGCUCGUCCUUGCUCGUCCUCGGAUUCAUGAUGCUCAGCAUAUGCCGGACCUUCUGGCAGGCCCUGCUCGCCCAGGGCUUCUGCAUCGGCAUCGGCGCCGGCUGCCUCUUCGUGCCGUCGCUGGCGCUCCUGCCGACAUACUUCGGCACGAGGAUCGGCCUGGCCGUGGGCAUCGCCGCCUCCGGGUCCUCUCUGGGCGGCGUCGUCUAUCCCAUCAUCUUCUACAAGCUGAUUGGCGCAGUCGGCUUCGGCUGGACCGUGAGAGCGAUCGGCUUCAUCGCGCUCGCGACGCUCGCGGUUCCGCUGUGCUUCGCCAGGAUGCGGGUGAAGCCAUCCCGGGCCAGGGCCGUGCUGGACUGGUCGGCCUUGACGGACUGGCCCUACGUCUUCUUUGUCGUGAGCACCUUGAUCGGGUUCGUGGGCCUCUACGUCGUCUUGUUCUACAUUUCGUACUUUGGUGCCGCCACGGGCAUCGCCUCGUCGGAAAUGUCCUUUUACCUGGUGCCCAUCCUCAACGCCGCGUCCAUGUUUGGCCGGACGCUGCCCAACGCCGUGUCGGACAAGAUAGGCCCGUUUAAUUUGUUUGGCCCGGCCGCCGUCGUCUGUGCCGUCCUGACCUUUUGCCUCGUCGCGGUCGAGAGCCUCGGCGGCGUCGUUGCCAUCGCCGCCCUCUACGGCUUCUUCUCGGGCGUCUUUAUAGCCAUACCGGGGGUUUGCUUUGUGAGACUGACGCGCGAUAAGAGCAAGCUCGGCACCCGUAUCGGCAUGGGAUUCGCCGCGUUUGGCUUUGGCGUGCUCGCCGGCGGCCCCGGGGGCGGCCACGUCCUCGGGACGAAUCGCGCGCAUCUUGACUGGGACUCGGUAUGGGUGUACGGGGGCUCCAGCAAAGAGAUUUGCGGCUGUGCCGGGGCCCGCCUGCGGCCUACAUUCCAACAAACCUCCGGCUCUUCCGCAGCCUCUCCAUCGUCUGAUAAAAAGGGCUUCGGGGGAACCUGGCAACAGGGCUUUGGGCACAUCCAACACAUCUCUCAAUGA